AUGACAGUGCAUUCAUGCUUCGUUGAAGAUGGAUCCGGAACGCAAUUUGUCAUUCUCAACGAAGAAGGUUGUGCAAUCGAUCGGUAUCUCCUGGAUAACCUGGAAUACGGGCCCGGUGAGUUGGAGGCGCAGAAGGAAGCACACGCGUUCAAAUUUGCUGAUAAAGUGGUCGUGAACUUCCAGUGCUCCAUUAGAUUAGAUAUUCGAGAUGGCGAGUGUCCGGUUUGA